AUGAUCACCCAUGCAGGCUCUCCUGGUCAACCCAGAAGCGACAUUGAGGCUCGAAUAACGGCUCUAGAUGUAACAAUAACCGAGAUCCAGGCCACACUGAGUGCUCUACAGCUUGAGCGCAGUGGGCUGGUGUCUGAACUUGAACAACUGCAGGUUUCGCCGGUGUCAGCGCCGAUCCAAACACUUCCACCAGAAGUCCUCAGUGAAAUAUUCCAAUACUUUCGACCUUGCCACUCGUCGCUACGGAUAGAAUCAGGACCAAAGGAGACCACCCAUAUUCCAUGGUUCUUGGGCCUGGUCUGUCAGUCAUGGAGGCAAGUCGCGAUGGGUCUCCCCGAGUUAUGGUCUGUGCUUGACAUCUACGAUGCCCCAAAACGCACGAUGGACCCAUGGGACGAUAUGGGCUACGACCAACCGGUUGGUGACAAGCUAAUAUAUCUCUACGAGAAUUUCGAAGACGAACUCCAGCGACCGCCUCAGGAGCCAACGACAGAGGAUGAUGAGGGGUUUGACCUGGAAAGCCAAGUCGAUUUUGUGAAAACAUGCCUGCAGCGCUCCAAGACCCAUGGUCUAUCCCUCCGGUUACGGGGUAUAAACACCGCCUCCAAAUUCACUCUGGAGCUACUUCUUCAAUAUUCACGUCACUGGGUUGAACUUAUCCUCUUCACUGUGUCCGCCGCCGCAUUUUCGCAGAUCCGAGGACGACACUUCCCUCGACUGCGGCGCUUGAUUUUCGACAAGCGCCGUUGGGGUGACACCUCAGACUUGUCUUCUCUAGGAUCGUUUCUCCAUGCUCCUGCGACACCUCGUUUGACUGAAAUGAGUCUUACUGGUCUUACAAUGUCACUAGCGGACUUGGUUCCGAUUCGCUUCUCAGAUCUCGAAAAGUACAGCGAAGUCAACUGUCAUAUUCACCCCGCUUAUAGGACUACCAUCUUUCAGCAGCUCGUGAAUUUGGUCUCCUUGUCAAUCAGAACAGAGUCUCCUUUCAUGUGGACCGAACACAUCUUCUUUCCCAAUCUUCGCUACGCGUCGUUUGCUUUCAACCAACAAAAUGAAUACGAGACCAUGAACACCCCUUUGACUUUUGAAAUGCCCAAUCUUGAAGACUUUUCGCUCGAUGCAUUGCGAAUGUAUUCCUUGGGUAGCUGUGUGCCACAGAGUUCGCGGCGUUUGCGUAAACUAUCUGUUUCCUUGAUCUCUGUCAAAGUCUGCCAGGGGGAUUCUGAGCAAGUGUUUGCUCUCUUCCCCAGGUUGGAGGAUCUCUCCCUAUGGGGGUCCAAUUACCUAAUGGACAGCACCCUUGAAAGCUUGACUCCGAGCCCUCAACGUCCAUAUCUCCUACCCCGACUAGAGACUUUACGUCUUUCCAGCACCGCCUUUGCUCACGGACAGUGCAAGUGGACGACGCUGCUCGAGAUGGUUGUUGGACGAUUUGGACCUUUAGCAACGACUGCUGCUCUUAGCCGCCUUCGCAGUCUGGAAUACGUCUAUGACCCCAAAGGUUACGACAAUGAGGUUGGCAAAGGGUUGCAGACACUUCAGCGGCAGCGGGGUUGGGAUAUUCGCGUACGAACUGGUGCCAAUGAGGCUUACUGGACUGAGUCUGGAAUUCAGUGGCUACCGCACCGAGUCGUGUCCUGA